CGCUCACGCAUCAAUCACGUCUACGGGCGCCACGCCCCUUUAGUACCGGAAACAAAGUCAGAGCGUCAUGUGACCAGCCUCUGGUUUAGCAUGUAGAGAUCUGGGUAAUAAAAUUUGUCAAGGAGAGAAGUCGGGAAGGACGUUUUUUGAAAAAUAAAAACAACGAAGCAUUAUGGCAGACGAUUUAAAGAGAUACCUGUAUAAACAGCUGCAAAGCGUGGAAGGUCUUCAUGCUGUUGUGGUCACAGACAGAGAUGGCGUUCCGGUUAUCAAAGUUGCCAAUGACAACGCCCCGGUCCACGCCCUGCGACCUGGCUUCUUGUCUACCUUUGCUCUUGCCACUGAUCAGGGCAGCAAGCUGGGCCUCUCCAAGAACAAGAGCAUCAUCUGCUACUACAAUUCCUACCAGAUUGUGCAGUUUAAUCGGCUCCCUCUGGUCAUCAGCUUCAUUGCCAGCAGCAACGCCAACACAGGUCUCAUCAUGAGUCUGGAGAAGGAGUUGGCUCCACUAAUAGAGGAUCUGAGGCAGGUGGUGGAGGUGACAUGAGUUCAGAUCUGUAGCAGAUUUCUUCAAAUUACUCCCAACUCACCAUAUUCCUAUCUUUUUGUUGAGCUGUUCAUAUCCUGUUGGGAAGACGUGUCUGCAGUUUUCUCAUGGUUUGAAUUGUGAAUCAGUUUAAUUAAACUUCCUGCUCUGUUGGCUUUAGUUUCAUUCUUGUUCUAUUGAUUUAAAGUCGGAAUAAAUAUUUGACAAUUUUGACAACUAAA